AUGGACAGCCCUGAAAGUGGAGACACUGAUGAUGUAUCAAGUGAAAACGACAGCCUACGAACAUAUUCACAGAAACAAAAAGUUAGACCAAAACAGCUUCCCUUUCCCGCCAGUUUGCUGGAAGGAAAAAGUGAUGAUGUUAUUGUUUCAGAUAUAAAUGUCUCUGGUAAGUUGUCGUUUAGUUUUCAAUUUCGGAAUUAAUGCGAAAUGAUUCUCUUCUGUAAUUCCCGAUUUACAGUGGUGUUUUUUCAAAACUUCAGAGUGGACGUGCGAGGAAGUCAAGGGGUGGGUCAUGAGCAUCUUCAACGAUGAGAGCAUUGCGAAGAGAUUUGUGGAAGAGGAAAUAACCGGAACUACUUUACUCUCCCAACGCAUUCUAAAC